AUGGAAGUUCUUGUGUUGGCAUUUGCGCUGGAAGCCAUCGCGACCUCGUUCGAGCUGAGCAGCGUCGAAAAGGGGCUAAUCGGCAGUGCCAGUUUCUUUGGGAUGCUUGUCGGCGCGGGUUUCUGGUCAAUCUACGCCGACAAACGCGGCCGCAGGACCGCCUUCGUGUCGUCCCUGGCCUGCGUCUUUGUGGGCGGGGUCUUCUCCGCUCUCUCACCGUCAUUUCAUGUUCUCUGUCUGUGCCGAGUGCUCGUCGGCUUCGGCGUAGGAGGUAACUUGCCGGUGACAACCGCGCUCGUGACCGAAUUUCUGCCAACGAACGAUAGGUCUAAUGUUCUCUGCGUAACGGCUGGAACUUUCUGGGGCGUCGGCAUGAUCUCCGCUUCCCUCCUUGGCCUCAUCCUCGCCAAUGUUCUCGGGCCCGGGAAGGAAGAGGCUAUGUGGCGCUGGUUUCUUGGGGUGGCCGCGCUUCCAUCCGCAAUAGUGGCCGUGGCCUACCGGCUGCUUCCUGAAUCUCCUCGCUUCCUGCAAGUCAUGGGGAGGCACGACGAGGCGAUUCAGGUGCUGGAGCACGUGGCGAGAAUGAACGGCAAGCUCGACGUUCUCGGAUUGGACUUUUCAGGGCAAGCGGUCGGCGAGGGCGACAAUCUACGCCUUCGGAUGGCCGGGUCGUCAGAUCUGGACUCUGGCGGGAUCGGAGACGCCUCGACGCACGGGCAGGAAGCGGAGAACGCUGAGGCCGGGGAUGUGCGCGAGCUGUUCCACACUCCCAUCCUCCGCAGGAUCACGCUGUCCCUCUAUUUCGGUGUGACCUUCUUGCUGCCGAGGUACUACGAUAAGAUCUCGGGCGGGCAAGCGGACUUCGUGUACAUCCUCAGCGCUUUUGUUGGGGCAACGUUCAUCCCGGGCGCGUUCGCGGCCAUGUGGCUGUGCUCGGAGCAUCGUCUCGGUCGCGUGGGUGCUCUCAAGUGGUCUUCCUAUGCCACGGCCGCCGCCGUCAUUCUGCUAGCCACGACCCUGCGAGUAAAUGCCCUCUUCGGGCUGGCGUCGAUCUUGACCCUGUUCGUUACCACCAUCCCCGUGACCGUGAAGUACGUGCUGACGCCGGAACUUUACUCGACAAAGUACCGGGCAGUGGGGUUGGGAAGCUCGAGCGUUGUUACGCGCCUUGGAGGUUUGUUGGCACCCGUACUGGCGGAAGUGUUGUACGACCACUGGGGUCCGGUUGCCCCCUUGCUGGUGUUCGGGCCGAUCAUGAUCAUCACCGGCAUCGCCGCGGGUAUGUUUAGAGUUUAUUGUUCGUUUGUUGUUGGCGUUGGUGCGUUUCCGAUGCGCUGGCGGGCCGCAGCUACGCGCAUUUCGGCAGACUCAAUAACAGAUCCGGAGCCCCUAUGGCGAUUUUCCUCCGGAGAUUGAGUUGUCAUUUUUCGGGAAAGAGCAGUCAUUUGUCAACUUCUACAGCUGCUCUAGUUGGGAUCCGAAUUCGAGACAAGCUUGGAGGUGGGCAGGUGGUGGGGUAGGGCCCAGGCGACGAGUUUGUUCCGGAAGUAGUCGUUCUCGUCGGCCAGCGGUACAGCCGUUGCGGCCGAACUGAAGGUUCGGGUGCUCCCCCGUCCCCUCUUUUUUGCAAUACAUGGCUGUCGCACGGGCUGUUGGGUUGCUCCAUGUACGGCGCUAUUUGUCAUCGUGGGAAGCGAGGGUUAGGGUUUAGCCGCUUCCUGUACAGGCGCUCGACAGCAGUCUACGGCUGCCCGAAGUGCCUGCCUGCUUGCUGGGGGUGGCCAUUAUCUGCGUGUUGUCCACGGGUUGGAUUGUCUUGGUUUGUUUCGCGUGCUUGCCUGCACGAUACCACAAGGUGGUCGUUCGCGCGUGAACCGUACGUCUCCCCUCCGUCAGUCGAAUUACGUUUAGGCUGGACAGGCCUUCGGACUAAUCCUUGCACAUGACAUUCGCAGGCAUGAUUCCCGUCGAAACGGCCGGGCGACAACUGGACGACGAUAGCUGGGACCGCAAUGAACCGGCCAAAACAACAUUUUCUUGCCGAAAUAUAGAGCUGUCAACCACACCUACGGGGGUGUAACUAGGGCCGCGGAAGCCUUUCUUUUGUGUUGUUCGUGGUGGUGGAGGUCUGACACGACCGGGUGUUGAUCCUGUAAAUUCACCCCUGCUCGUUGAUAGAUGGUGUGCACAUGCGGUAUGUCAUUUUGGAG